AGUAAUUACUAUUACGAAAGAAAAAGGAAAUGGUCCGUACUAGUCCGAACCCGAAGCCCCAAUCGCCGCGAAGAAGCUCUAGGGUUUUUCUUCUGAUCGUCUUCUUCCUCGGUGGUUUCAUCAGAACUCUAUAGGUGUAUCAUAGAAGCGAGAAGGCGGAUUCUGGGAAAUUGCUGGAUUGUGUCUUUCAAUGGUUUUGUUUCUAAGAUGAUACUCUUAAGAUCCGUUGAGCUGCUCAGUGUUUGCUUUAAAGUUUGAGAGAAAAAUGGAGGAUGAUAAUGGGCUCGAGCUCAGCUUGGGUCUUUCUUGUGGAGGAUCAUCAGCAAAAGCUAAGGGUAACAAUACUAAUAAUGCUGGAAGCUCCUCAGAGAACCACAGGGCAGAAGGAGGUGAUAGAAGCGCUAAAGUGAUUGAUGACUUUAAGAAUUUCCUGCAUCCAACUUCUCAACGACCUGCAGAGCCGAGUUCUGGUUCUCAGAGAAGCGAUUCGGGUCAACAACCUCAGCAGAAUUUCUUCAAUGACCUCUCAAAAGCUCCUAUCACUGACGGUGAAGCUUCCACGAAAUCUUUGUGGGUGGAGGAUGAGACACGGAAAGAAGCUGGAAACAAAAGAAAGUUUGGGUUCCCGGGGAUGAAUGAUGAAAAGAAGAAAGACAAGGACUCGUCACAUGUUGAUAUGCAUGAGAAGAAGACAAAAGCAUCCCAUGUUUCAACCGCGACAGAUGAAGGAUCAACAGCUGAUAACGAAGAUGUAGCAGAGUCUGAAGUAGGUGGUGGUUCUUCUUCCAACCACGCAAAGGAGGUGGUUCGUCCUCCCCCUGAUACAAACGUUGUGGACAACUUAACCGGUCAAAGAAGGAGCAACCAUGGCGGAUCUGGCACCGAAGAGUUUACAAUGCGCAACAUGAGUUACACUGUACCUUUCACGGUUCAUCCGCAAAAUGUCGUCACUACUAUGCCUUUCUCUUUACCGACAAAAGAGUCUGGACAACACGAAGCAGCUACAAGUCUAUUGCAGCCUAAUGCUAGUGCUGGAAAUCUCCCAAUUAUGUUUGGAUACUCACCGGUCCAGCUCCCUAUGCUAGAUAAGGACGGUUCAGGCGGGAUUGUCGCCCUUUCUCAAUCUCCAUUUGCUGGAAGAGGUCCAUCAAACUCCUCAGCUACUGCGAAAGGCGAGGGCAAACAGCCUGUUGCAGAAGAAGGUUCAUCUGAGGAUGCAUCAGAGCGGCCAACAGGAGACAACAACAACAACAAUACCGCUUUCUCUUUCGACUUUUCCGCCAUAAAACCCGGAAUGGCUGCAGAUGUGAAGUUUGGAGGAUCGGGGGCACGUCCUAACCUACCAUGGGUCUCAACCACUGGUUCAGGCCCGCACGGUCGGACAAUCUCAGGUGUCACAUACCGGUACAAUGCAAACCAGAUCAAAAUCGUAUGCGCUUGCCACGGCUCGCAUAUGUCGCCAGAGGAGUUUGUACGGCACGCAAGCGAGGAAUUCGUUAGCCCAGAAUCAUCCAUGGGAAUGACUACCGCGUCAGCUCACAGCUGAAAAUUCGCCGCCGGGAAAAAUGUCUGAAAUCAUGUAAACAAAUGGAAGGGGUUUGUAAUGAGUUUCUUUUUGGAACAUACAUUUUAUUAUGUUUAGUCGCUCGUUCUGAUUAAAUUCUCAAGCCAAAGUUUUUAACGGAGCUUUCUGCUAUGUUGUUGUAAUCCUUCUUCUUGUUUUGUUCUUCAUCUCAGUCUUAUGUAAGCCUCUUCUUUUCCUUCUGUUUUUUUGGUUGAAAGGAAAUUAUAUAUAACCACAACAUUAUCGGAGUCA